ACAUAAAUAUGACAUUUAGUUCUUUAUUUUUGUGGUUAUGAAUUGUUAUGAAAAGGUUACGAAGAAGGUGUAUCUUUAAUUAGUUGUUUUUCAAAUAAAGUUUAUAUCAAAAUGCCUACUUAUGAAUUAUCAUUAGUUUUACGGCAAAUGAAUCGGCCGGAAAUUGUUUCUGUACUGAAACGUACAGCUGAGUCUAUAUUCGAGAAAGGAGGUUUUAUUCGAAAGCUAGAGAACUUGGGAUCACGAGCAUUGCCACACAAGAUAAGCGAGCACGGUCUCGUCCAUCGCGAAGGGAAUUACUUUGCUAUUCAAUUUGAUACAGCUCCAAAUAAAAUUGUUGAUUUAAAUGAAGAAUACGGAAGGGAUAUCGACAUCAUUCGCAAACAUAUAUUCAAAUUGGAAGAGACUAAGCCAGUGGAAUGUACAUUACAUGAAGAACUUCAACCGCCAGCAUAUAGGAAGGAUGUUCAGAAAAUGAUUGAAAUAGCAAAGAGAAAACAAAAGAAAAAGUACAAUUACAACUCUGGUCUGGAUUAUUAUCCAUUCCAGAAAUAAGAACAGGACGGGCUAUGAAUUAAACACUUUGUUUCAAAUAAACUUUCAAAACUUUAA